AUGUACGAUAGGAACAUGUCAAACUUAACAAUUGAGGAUGUUCUCGCCGGAAUAUCUGAAUCCUUAAGCAAGCUCCAACAGCAACAAAAUUUGGCUCAAUCUCAAGCCAAAACCGACCACGAAGCAACAGAUACUGUGGAAUUGGUCCUGUCUAAAUACAACCAAGAAUAUUUCGAUAAAUUGGCUGACAAAUACAUUGAGUUUACUUUCAAUAACCCAACUAUUUAUCAUGUUGUCGACUAUUUUAAACAGCAAUUGAAGGAUGCUGGGUUUACGUAUUUGCCUGAACCUGAAUCCUGGAGUGAAAUCGAGCCCGGAAAAUAUUUUACCAUAAGAAAUGGUUCAUCUUUGGCUGCGUUUGUCAUUGGUGAAGAUUGGGAACCAAGUAAAGGUUUUGGUGCUAUUGGGUCUCACAUUGACUCGCUCACCACUGUAUUAAAGCCCGUCUCAAAGAAGGAUAAAGUUGAUGGAUACGAGUUGCUUGGUGUUGCUCCUUAUGCUGGAACUUUGGGUAGUCUCUGGUGGGAUAGAGAUUUGGGUAUUGGAGGCAGAUUGUUGGUGAAGGACUCCAAGGGUAAAAUCAGUCAGAAAUUGGUUGAUUCAAGUCCUCAUCCAAUUGCUCAUAUUCCUACAUUGGCACCACAUUUCGGUGAACCCUCGGUGGGACCACACAAUACUGAAACGAAGGCGGUUCCAGUUAUUGGGUUUUCACAAGAUGAGGAGCCUGAGCCUACUGAAGCAGAAAAGAAUGCUCCUUUGUAUGGUAAGCAUUCAUUGAAAUUGUUGAGAUAUAUUGCCAAGAAGGCAAAUGUCAAUGUUGAGCAAAUUAGUCAAUGGGACUUGCAAUUGUUUGAUGUACAAAAGGGUACCAGAGGUGGCUUAAACAAUGAGUUUAUUUUUGCACCUAGAGUUGAUGACCGGAUUUGUUCAUUUGCAGCCUUGAACGCAUUGGUCGAUGCAUACAGUGACAAGAAAGUUGAGAAUAGUGACGCAUUCUCCAUUGUUGCCUUGUAUGACAAUGAAGAGAUUGGUAGUUUGACUAGAACUGGUGCUAAAGGGGGUUUACUUGAGCUGGUUGUGGAAAGAGUUGUUGCAAGUGAGAAUUACAACCCAGAUGGUCUUGGUGUUCAAGACGAGGUGAGAUUAGUCUAUGCCAAUUCGAUUAUAUUGUCUGCUGAUGUUAACCAUUUGUUGAAUCCAAAUUUCAAGGAAGUUUAUUUGGAAAAACACGAAGUCGUUCCCAACAAGGGUGUUGCUCUUGCAUUAGAUCCUAAUGGACAUUUUGCCACUGACUCUGUUGGAGUCGCAGUUGCCGAAAAAUUGGCUAAAUUGAACAAGGAUCAAGUGCAAUAUUUCCAAAUUAGAAACGACGUUAGAUCAGGAAGCUCAAUUGGACCCCACAUCUCAUCAGCAACUGGUGUGAGAACCAUUGAUCUUGGAAUCCCGCAAUUGUCGAUGCACUCAAUCAGAGCCACUAUUGGUUCAAAAGAUGUUGGAUUGGGAACAAAAUUCUUUACUGGGUUCUUCCAGAAUUGGAGAUCAACAUAUGACGACUUUGUUGAUUUAUAG